UUGUCAACUCCCCUUCCUUCGGCUUUCCUUUGUCCGAUUGAGUCCUCCGCUGGCUUCUUUAGCAGCAAGGCAUCCACCUUGCUCUUGCUUUUGUUCCCUCUUCUCCUCCUCGUCUCUUCUCCCUUUUCCUUUCUUUUAUUGAGACCUCUCUCCGCCUCAGUCUCUCUCAUCUCUGUGUGCUCCCCUCGGCCUCGCCAUGGAUGAGGAAUACGAUGUGGUAGUCCUCGGGACCGGGCUCAAGGAGUGCAUCCUCAGCGGCCUUCUCUCCGUCGAUGGCCUCAAGGUCCUGCACAUGGACAGGAAUGAUUACUAUGGAGGAGAGUCAUCUUCACUUAAUCUCAUCCAGCUCUGGAAAAGGUUUAGGGGCAGCGAUAAGCCGCCAACACAUUUAGGUCCUAGCAGAGAUUACAAUGUUGACAUGAUCCCAAAGUUCAUGAUGGCAAAUGGUACUUUGGUUCGUGUUCUCAUUCAUACUGAUGUUACAAAAUACCUUUCCUUCAAAGCAGUGGAUGGGAGCUAUGUCUUUAAUAAAGGAAAGAUUCACAAAGUUCCUGCAACUGAUAUAGAAGCUCUCAAAUCUCCACUGAUGGGUUUGUUUGAGAAGCGCCGAGCUCGGAAAUUUUUCAUUUAUGUCCAGGAUUAUGAUGAAAAUGAUCCAAAAACACAUGAGGGAUUGGAUCUUACGAGAGUGACAACUAGAGAACUUAUCUCCAAAUAUGGGCUGGAUGACAAUACAGUGGACUUCAUUGGUCAUGCGCUGGCUCUUCAUAGAGAUGAUCGCUAUCUAGAUGAACCUGCACUUGAUACCGUAAAAAGGAUGAAGCUUUAUUCAGAAUCUCUGGCUCGUUUUCAAGGAGGGUCACCAUAUAUCUAUCCUUUAUAUGGAUUAGGAGAGCUACCACAGGCUUUUGCUCGCCUGAGUGCUGUUUAUGGUGGGACGUACAUGUUAAAUAAACCAGAGUGCAAGGUUGAAUUUGAUGUUGAAGGAAAAGUUUGUGGCGUGACAUCAGAAGGGGAAACUGCUAAGUGCAAGAAGGUUGUAUGUGACCCUUCCUACUUACCAAACAAGGUCAGGAAGGUUGGAAAGGUUGCAAGGGCGAUUGCUAUUAUGAGCCAUCCCAUCCCAAAUACUGAUGGCUCUCAUUCAGUGCAAGUUAUUCUGCCACAGAAGCAGCUGGGACGCAAGUCAGACAUGUAUCUCUUCUGUUGUUCUUAUUCACACAAUGUUGCACCAAAAGGGAAGUUCAUUGCAUUUGUCUCAACAGAAGCUGAGACUGAUCAUCCGGAGAUGGAACUAAAGCCAGGAAUUGACCUUCUUGGGCCUGUAGAUGAGCUGUUUUUUGAUACUUAUGACAGAUUUGUACCUGUCAAUGAACCCUCACUGGAUAAUUGCUUCAUCUCAACUAGUUACGAUGGUACCACACAUUUUGAGUCAACUGUCAUGGAUGUGCUUCACAUGUAUCGCAUGAUCACUGGAAAGGAUGUGGAUCUCAGUGUGGAUCUGAGUGCGGCAAGUGCUGCCGAAGAAUGAUAAUGUGGUAGGAGUGACAAAGAUUCUCUCAUCUCUCCUAUAUUUUCAGCUGAUCUUUAUGGUAUAGCAUUGUGCAGAACAAAAUGUUAUGAUAUUUCUUAUGUUCCUCGGAUAUCUUCUGCCACAAGUCAUUUUCUUAUUAACAUAACAAUCUUUUAAAAUGCUUGGUGUUAAACAAUUACCUCCGCUGUGUUGUGGAGAUGUGGAGGAUUAUGCCUGUGAAAUCAUGUUUCUGCUCAUAAUGCAAUUGCAUUAUUGAACUCUUU